AUGGCCACCAUUGCCAACAGCGACACCAAGCUCACCGUCCUCGGCACAGCCACCACCGUGUCGGGGCCCAAGGAUGCCUGCGGCGCCUGUGGCGCACCCACCGACGAUGCCGUUGCCACCGUGUCGCCGUCGUCGACCACGCGGCACGUCCAGUGGCUGCGCGCCGCGGUGCUGGGCGCGAGCGACGGCCUCGUCUCCACCGCCGCGGUCAUGCUCGGCAUCGGCGCCGCGCGCCCCGCCGACCUGCGCACCGUCAUCCUGACGGGCCUCGCGGGCCUCAUCGCCGGCGCAUGCAGCAUGGCCAUCGGCGAGUACGUGUCCGUGCACGCGCAGCUCGACGUCGAGCUCGCCGAGCUCAAGCGCGCCGAGGAGGCCCGUGGGAGUCCUCUAUGCCGGGACGGGCUGCCGAGCCCGAGCCAGGCCGCGGCGGCCUCGGCGCUGUCGUUCGCCGCCGGGGGGGCCGUCCCGCUGCUCGCGGCGUGGUUCGUCACCAGCUACAAGGCGCGGGUGGCGGUGGUCGUGGCGACGGCGACCGUCACGCUGGCGGUGUUUGGCUCCCUAGGGGCAGUGCUGGGCCGGGCCCCAGGUGGCCGUGCCGGGUUCAGGGCCGUGGUGGGAGGGCUAGUGGCCAUGGGGAUCACAUACGGGCUCAUGAAGCUGUUCAGGGCCCAUGGAGUUUGA